UUCGACAAGUACACGUCGAAUAUGUCUAUAUCGCCAUCUAUGAAACAAUGUUUGGUAACAUUUGGCGCAGCAAUCAAUCAAGCCAUCAUAUGUAUGAUACCUAGUUACACAUCACGCUUACUUCCACAACUGCGACGUGAUGACUCCAUCAUUGCAGUUGACGACAAUAUGGCUUCUUGGAUUGCAUCGGUACAUGGUAUUACCUUAUUUGUUGGUAAUAUAUCAGUGCCGUUAAUUAUGGGACAGUACGGCAGAAAGCCAGCAAAUCUAGUCAGUAAUAUAAUUUCUUUAAUCGGUUGGCUGUGCAUCAUGUUCAGUAGUAACGUAACUUUGAUUCUCAUUGGAAACCUAUUGCAAGGAUUGUCUAUGGGUAUGGUAAUUUCAUUACCGUCUAUAGUAAUCGCUGAAUGUACAAAUCCCAAGAAUCGGGCAAUAUUUACAUCAGUAACAUUGAUACAACUAUCGAUUACAUCUCUUCUCGUUCACACUAUAGGCUCUUAUUGUAGUUGGAAACUGACUGCUUUUGUUUGUGCAAUUAUAAUAUUUACGGGCCUAUUGAUAACUAUAAUAACUCCAGAAUCACCUAGUUGGUUAGCUGAGAAAGGAAAAUAUGAAGAAUCCAAGCAAGCUUUCUUGUGGCUUAGAGGAGAAGAUGGAGUAGAUGAGUUUGAACAUCUUAUGAACGCUGCCACUAGAAGAAAUAAUGACAACAAAAAUGCAUCGAAACACUUCUUAACAAAUGCUAAAAGGAAGAUUUUAAAGAACAUGCAAGCGUUAAAGUAUAGAGAAUGUUUCAUGCCCGUGUUAAUAAUGAUUCAUUUAUACACAUUUGGGAACUGGUGUGGUGCAAGUACUAUAAUUAUUUAUCUACAAGAUAUUUUUUCCAUCUUAACAAGUCCCGAUACAGAUAUUAAUCUACAAAUUGUAUUCACAGAUGUUUUAUGUCUUUGUUAUAAUAUAAUCGCAAUAUUUAUUCUGAAGAAUUGUAAAAGGAGAUUUAUUCUCUGUUCGUUUUUGAGUUUUAACAUAUUAAUCUUGCUGUGCACUGCUUUAUAUACUUAUUGUAAAGCACAUGACAUAUUGCCGUUUGAUUAUCCAUUUAUAGGAAUAUUAUUAGUACAUUUGUUUUUAUUUUCAUAUCUAUCCGGUAUAUUACCACUUACAGUAGCUAUUGAUGGUGAGGUAUUUUGUUUAGAGUAUCGCAGUUUCUCAGCAGGUAUAACUAAUUUGUAUUAUUCAAUAGCAAUAUCAUUAGUAAUAAAAACUUUUUCAUAUCUAAAAAAUUGCAUAGGAUUUCACGGGACAUAUUUACUAUAUACUGGUAUAUGUAGUUAUACUUUAUUAUUUUUAUUAAAAUUCAUGCCUGAAACUAAGGAUAAAACACUUCUAGAUAUUGAGAAUGAGUUUAAAAAGGAGGUAGUUACACCAAAUGAUUCUAAUUUAAUUAAACCUUUGACCGUGCAUGAUCAUAUAGCGUAUUAAAUAUUUGAUUACAUAGUAUAUUCAAAUGAUUUUAUUUUUAUUGUGUGCCUUCUUAAAAUUAUGCUUACAGUUUUUUAUAUUACACCGUACAUUGUUGGCGCAGGAGAAAUAAUGUAUGACAUUUGGAUACUUUUGUAUUUAUUUUUAAAGUUUCGCUUUUACUACAUAUUAUUAAUAGAGUUAAACUGGUUUUAACACGA